AGAGCCAGGAUUUGUGACGUGGUUUACAGUACUGGGGCUGGAAAACGAGAGGCGGCCACCGCAAGGAAUAAAAGAUCCUCUUAGAUCAGGUCCAGCUUCAUGUUGAGAGACGAUACUUGGCUGCUGGCCAGAGAGAUAAAUGUGAUCGGAUGAAUGUUUCCUUGUUUUCCUUCUUCUUUUUUUUUUUUGAGGUUGACAGGAUGCCUUUUCCUCCAAAGCGUCAGUGGUGAAUGGACUUAAAGGGUUGCAUACCUCUGAAUGAAUGAUCUGUGACUGGCUUUUAGGAUACCUCUAAGAAACUUUUCUAUUCAUUUACGGGAUGUAUGUUCAAUGACACUUCGGUUCUGCUCUCGGGAAUAUUUAACUUGAAACAGUGCCGUGUGCUCUGUUUUGGAUUCAUCUUGUUAUUUAACCGUAUGUAUUGCUGAACCGGUCGCUCUUUGGCAGCUGAAACAUGGCACUUUAUGUGGAAGGCAUUUCUCAACUGUAUUUUGAUGCAGGUCUGAGUAAAGGAGUGCCCAACGGAGGGAUGGCUCAGUUCCAGGAAAUGAUGCGGCAGCAGCUGGAGAGCUCCAUGCACGCUGAGCUGGAGAAACUGCUGGACACCACCACAGGGGCCGAGAGAGAGGUGUCCAAGAAAGACUUCGAGGGCUUCAAGAAUCUUUUCCACAGAUUUCUGCAGGUGAAGGGGCCGUCAGUGGAGUGGAUCAAGAUACAAAGACCUCCAGAGGACUCUAUCCAGCCCUACGACAAGAUCGCAGCUCGAGGUCUGCCGGACAACGUGGCUGACAGCCUCAACAAACUGGUGGUGGUGAAGCUGAACGGAGGCCUGGGCACCAGCAUGGGGUGCAAGGGCCCCAAGAGCCUGAUCAGCGUCCGCAACGAGAACACCUUCCUGGACCUCACCGUGCAGCAGAUAGAGCACCUGAACAAGACUUACAACACAGAUGUGCCCCUGGUCCUCAUGAACUCCUUCAACACAGACGAAGACACAAAGAAGAUCCUGCAGAAGUACACACACCACCGCGUCAAGAUACACACCUUUAACCAGAGCAGGUACCCUCGCAUCAACAAAGAGUCCCUCCUCCCUGUGGCCACAAGCCUGACCAUGACGGGGCAAAACGCAGAAGGCUGGUACCCUCCGGGCCACGGCGACAUCUACGCCAGCUUCUACAACUCGGGCCUGUUGGACGAGCUGAUCUCGCAGGGCAAGGAGUACAUCUUUGUGUCCAACAUCGACAACCUGGGGGCCACCGUGGACCUCCACAUCCUGCACCACCUGGUCAGCCAGCCCAACGGCAAGCGCUGCGAGUUCAUCAUGGAGGUGACGGACAAGACACGUGCCGACGUCAAGGGUGGCACGCUGAUCCAGUACGAAGGAAAACUGCGUCUGCUGGAGAUCGCCCAGGUGCCCAAGGCCCAUGUGGACGAAUUCAAGUCGGUCUCAAAGUUCAAGAUCUUCAACACCAACAACCUGUGGAUCUCUCUGGCUGCUAUCAAGAGGCUGCAGGAGCAGAAAGCAAUGGACAUGGAGAUCAUAGUCAACCCCAAGACACUUGACGGUGGACAGAACGUCAUCCAGCUGGAGACGGCGGUGGGCGCAGCUAUCAAAAGCUUCGACAACGCCCUGGGAAUAAAUGUACCUCGCAGCCGCUUCCUGCCCGUCAAGACCACGUCGGACCUUCUGCUGGUCAUGUCCAACCUGUACAGCCUGGAGGCCGGCUCUCUCACCAUGAGCCCCAAGAGAGAGUUCCCAACCACGCCGCACGUCAAACUGGGCAGCUCCUUCACCCAGGUCCAGGAGUACCUGACCCGCUUCGAGAGCAUCCCCGACAUGCUGGAGCUCGACCACCUCACAGUGUCUGGAGACGUCACCUUUGGGAAAAAUGUUUCGCUCAAGGGCACCGUCAUCAUCAUCGCCAACCACGGAGAUCGGAUCGACAUUCCUGCCGGCUCCAUGCUGGAAAACAAAAUCGUCUCCGGCAACCUCCGCAUCCUGGACCACUGAGGCCUUUUUCACCCCACCACCUACCCCCUGCCCCAUCAUGUGACCUACUUGGCUUUAUCCCAGUCAUGUGACCUGUUUGUCCUGUUUACCCGACAACAGAUUGUGAGAGGAAGUGGCGUUUCCCCGAAGGCUGUGUGUGAUCGCAUGUGCAGUGGUACAUUAGGACGUAGUUUACACGGUUGGUUGUUGGGAGUGUGUGUAGCUUGCAUAUACUGCCCUCUACAGGCUGUUUAUUAUAUAAUAUAAAACUGUAAUAGUAUUAAUAAAGAGCUAAUCAUAGCUGUCACUUUACAUAAUGAGCUAUAUUCAUGAUAGAGAGAAAAUCAACAUUUCAGAUUUUUAUUUUUUGAAUUCUAGUUUUAACUCAUGAUUUUCACUGUUUCCUGGCCAGAAAAAUAAAAACCUGUCAAAAUACUGAAAAUAGAUAUGAAUGAGGAACAAACCUGAUGAUUUCAUCAUCAUCAUCAGCUUCAUCCACAGUGUGCACCUACAGCACUGCUAAUGCAAUCACAUAAUGUACGUACGCAGAGAAGUAAUCUGCUUUCUGAAGUGACGGAGGAGUUUAGAGCAUUUAUUUCUAGCACAAACAGAAAGACCUCGCUACAGCUCUCCACAUGGUUCUACAGAUCAGCUGUGAUAUGUUCAUGCCAGGUAGCGUGCAGUGGGUUUAUUGGAGCAGUGUGACGUCACCAAAACAAUGGGCUCAAAGACACACACACACAAAAACAACUCUGUAGUCAUUUGAUCCACUGUUAAUAGUUAUUAUCUUAUUAAUAAAGAUAUCAAUUAGUGCAGUGUUAACUUAAAACAAGAAACAAAACUGUGCAUUGUGAAUUUGUUGAACCAUGCAGAGGUCAAGCCUGAAGUGAAGUUUGUGCUAAGAAAUAUAUUUUGAACCUUUCUCCUGUGAUUCCCAGGUUAUAGAGCGUAGAACGUAUUUCCACUGGGUGUAUUUACACCUGCAGUGUCCAGACUAACCUGGUAAAGACUGUAAAGCUCGCAGGAGUUUGUGCCAUAGAAAGGAACCAAGAUGUCACCCAUGUGAUGCCCGAACAACCUCUCGUCUUUGUUCUGCCCUGUAGCUUUUGGACUGUAAUGAUCCAUGUCUGUCCAGGUCUGAUAUGUGACAAUGCCAUGAAAUGUUAUGUAAUAGUUAAAAUUAUAUUCAUUUUAAAGUGAAGGCCUUUAUUUAUAUAGUCCCAGUGUGAUGUAGAUAAUGAAAAAUGUCACAUUGUGCAUUAUUUUUUUGUUUUUAUUCAGUAUGUUCACAUGUUGUAUGAAACCUUAUGCCUCCAUUAUGGUGUCAAAUCUCUCCCGUUUCCUCUCUGUCCAUCUCGUCAUUCAGCGUUGAGUCUUCACACAAAGCGAGACGGGACAUUUUAAACCAUGUACGCAAGAGUUUUAGUGUGAGAAUACUUGAGAUGCGUGCGGCCUGGCAGCCCAAAAGCAAUAAAUGUUGAUCUGUGACAGUGACGAGGUCUGCGCCCAGUUCUGCCUCCUCAGAGCUGAAUAAAGUGCAAUAUGAACUACUGA